UAUCUCUGGGUGACGUGUCAGGGCAUUCGUGGAGUAGGCUGUGGAGGCCUGUGUGGAGGAACGGGUGGUAGUUAAGAGCUGAAGCAAAAAAAGAAAUAAACUGCAUUUCACGAAUUGUUAUAUCGUAUUUAUGUGUACUCGUCUCUUGAAAGGAGGGGAGUGAGCAGAAGCUCGUAAAAGUUUCCAGGACAAGAAUUUUUAGCUUUGGGGUUACCUGGAGCAUCGACAUGUUAACUAAAUUUGAGACAAAAUCGGCCCGUGUGAAAGGUCUCAGCUUUCAUCCAAAGCGGCCUUGGAUUUUGGCGAGCCUCCACAAUGGAGUGAUACAAUUAUGGGAUUACCGAAUGUGCACGUUGAUCGACAAAUUUGAUGAACAUGAUGGUCCUGUUAGAGGCAUUGAUUUUCAUAAGCAGCAGCCUCUGUUUGUGUCUGGUGGGGAUGACUAUAAAAUCAAGGUGUGGAAUUACAAAUUGCGUCGCUGCCUGUUUACUCUUCUGGGCCAUUUAGACUAUAUUCGAACUACCUUCUUUCAUCAUGAAUAUCCUUGGAUUUUGAGUGCCUCUGAUGACCAGACUAUCCGUAUAUGGAACUGGCAGUCUCGCACUUGUGUUUGUGUAUUGACUGGCCACAACCACUAUGUGAUGUGUGCUCAAUUCCAUCCUGCUGAAGACUUGGUUGUAUCUGCAAGUUUGGAUCAAACUGUGCGGGUGUGGGAUAUUUCUGGCUUGAGAAAAAAGAAUCUGUCCCCAGGAGCAGUAGAUACUGAAGUGAGAGGACUUACUGGUGUUGAUCUUUUUGGUGCCACAGACGCAGUAGUCAAGCAUGUCUUAGAGGGUCAUGACCGUGGAGUAAACUGGGCUGCUUUCCACCCUACAAUGCCCCUAAUUGUUUCUGGAGCUGAUGACAGACAGGUCAAGAUUUGGAGAAUGAAUGAAUCUAAGGCUUGGGAACUGGAUACAUGCCGUGGCCAUUACAACAAUGUGUCAUGUGCUGUUUUCCAUCCAAGACAGGAGCUCAUUCUUUCCAACUCUGAGGAUAAAAGUAUUCGUGUUUGGGAUAUGUCAAAGAGGACAGGAGUCCAAACAUUCAGACGGGACCAUGAUCGCUUCUGGGUCUUGGGUGCACAUCCCAACCUUAAUCUUUUUGCUGCAGGUCAUGAUAGUGGAAUGCUUGUUUUCAAACUGGAACGGGAGAGACCAGCUUAUGCUGUUCAUGGCAGUCUCUUAUUUUAUGUGAAAGACCGCUUUCUUCGUCAGUUGGACUUCAACAGCUCUAAGGACACUGCAGUCAUGCAGCUCCGCAGUGGGUCCAAAUUUCCAGUGUUCAGCAUGUCAUACAACCCAGCAGAAAAUUCUGUACUGCUUUGCACGAGAGCCACCAAUCUUGAGAAUAGUACCUAUGACCUUUAUUCAAUACCUCGAGAAACAGACUCCCAGAAUCCUGACGCUCCCGAAGGAAAGCGCUCAUCUGGGCUUACUGCAGUUUGGGUAGCCAGAAAUCGGUUUGCUGUCCUUGACCGCAUGCAUUCGCUGUUGAUUAAGAACCUCAAGAAUGAAAUUGCAAAGAAAGUACAAGUUCCUAAUUGUGAGGAGAUCUUCUACGCUGGGACUGGCAACCUUCUCCUUCGAGAUGCCGACUCCAUCACGUUAUUUGAUGUCCAGCAGAAACGUGCACUAGCAUCUGUAAAGACUUCCAAGGUCAAAUAUGUUGUUUGGUCAGCAGAUAUGAGCAAUGUGGCAUUAUUGGCUAAGCAUGCUAUUAUGAUCUGUAAUAGAAAGCUGGAGUCUCUUUCUAAUAUUCAUGAGAAUAUACGUGUUAAAAGUGGAGCCUGGGAUGAAAGUGGAGUGUUCAUUUACACAACAUCUAAUCACAUCAAAUACGCCCUCACUACUGGAGAUCAUGGCAUAAUCCGUACACUGGACCUACCCAUCUACGUGACAAGGGUUCGUGGUAAUAGUGUUUAUUGCCUGGACAGAGAGUGCAGACCUAGAGUACUGACCAUUGAUCCUACUGAAUACCGUUUCAAGUUAGCAUUGGUCAAUCGCAAAUAUGAAGAGGUGCUGCACAUGGUACGCAAUGCUAAGUUAGUAGGACAAUCCAUCAUUGCUUAUCUCCAGAAAAAAGGCUAUCCUGAAGUAGCGUUACAUUUUGUAAAAGAUGAAAAAACUCGAUUCAGUCUAGCUCUGGAGUGUGGAAAUAUUGAGGUGGCUCUGGAAGCUGCUAAGGCACUUGAUGAUAAAUCCUGCUGGGAAAAACUUGGCUCUGUCGCCCUUCUGCAAGGCCAUCACCAGAUUGUUGAGAUGUGUUACCAGAGAACAAAGAACUUUGACAAGCUGUCCUUCCUUUACCUUAUUACAGGCAACCUAGACAAACUGCGCAAGAUGAUGAAGAUUGCUGAAAUUCGCAAAGACAUGAGUGGUCACUAUCAAGCAGCCCUCUAUCUUGGAGAUGUGUCUGAGAGAGUGCGCAUAUUGAAGAACUGUGGUCAGAAGUCUCUUGCCUAUUUGACAGCAGCCACAUAUGGUCUGGAUGAGGAAGCUGAAGCUCUAAAAGCAUCUUUUGAUCCUGAUAAAGAAACGGUGCCAGAGACUGACCCCGAUGCCAAACUCCUGCAGCCCCCACCUCCAGUAAUGCCUUUGGAUACUAACUGGCCCUUACUGACCGUGUCAAAAGGUUUCUUUGAAGGAGCAAUUUCCAACAAGGGUGCUGGUCAGAUGGCUGCUGACCUAGACAUGGAGGUGCACGCUGAAGGUUGGGGAGAAGAUGCAGAACUACAGUUGGAUGAGGAUGGCUUUGUAGAUGCUCAUGAAGGCCUUGGGGAGGAAGGUGGAAAAGAGGAAGGUGGAGGAUGGGAAGUAGAUGAAGACUUGGACCUUCCACCCGAGCUGGAGAUAUCACCAGGAUCUGGAGGUGGGACCGAGGAUGGCUUUUUUGUUCCACCAACAAAAGGGACUGGCCCAGCUCAAGUAUGGUGCAAUAAUUCUCAGCUUCCUGUGGACCACCUCUUGGCAGGAUCUUUUGAGACUGCAAUGAGGCUUCUUCAUGACCAGAUUGGAGUUGUUAACUUUGCCCCAUACAAGCCACUGUUCUUACAGACUUACACACGUGGUCGAAGCUGUUAUGAAGGUCUUCCAAGCCUACCUUCCUUGUAUGGUUAUCCACAGCGUAACUGGAAAGAGACCUCUCCCAAAUCAUCCUUGCCUGCAGUUGGCCUGAAGCUCUCAGACCUGAUUUCCCGUCUACAGAUCUGCUACCAGCUGACCACUGGUGGCAAGUUUGAGGAAGCUGUGGAAAGAUUUCGAGCCAUUCUCCUAAGUAUUCCUCUCCUUGUGGUUGAUAACAAACAGGAAAUUGCUGAGGCUCAGCAGUUGAUAACAAUUUGCCGAGAAUACAUUGUGGGUCUCUCAAUGGAAAUUGAAAGGAAGAAGUUGCCGAAAGAUACUCUGGAGCAACAGAAACGUUUGUGUGAGAUGGCAGCCUACUUCACUCACUGCAAUCUCCAGCCUAUCCACAUGAUCCUGGUGCUGCGGACAGCGGUCAACUUGUUCUUCAAGCUGAAGAAUUUUAAAACUGCAGCUGGGUUUGCUCGAAGGCUGCUUGAAGUUGGGCCAAAGCCAGAUGUUGCCCAACAGACUCGUAAGAUUGUGGCUGCAUGUGAGAAGACUCCAGUAGAUACCCAUCAGUUAAAUUACGACAGCCACAAUCCAUUUGAUAUCUGCGCUGCAUCUUUUAUUCCUCUUUACCGGGGUAAAGCUGUUGAGAAGUGCCCUCUGUCGGGUGCCUGCUAUUCUCCUGAAUACAAGGGGCAGGUGUGCCGUGUCACACAGGUUACAGAGAUUGGCAAAGAUGUCAUUGGCCUCCGAAUCAGUCCUCUUCAGUUCCGCUGAAGUGCACAGAGCGGUAUGCAGCAUUGCUUAAGUGAUAUUUUUGUUUUGUUUUAGUUACCAUUCUUGCACUUGUGAUCAGAUGUUAUACUCCCAGUUCUGCUUCACUAUUACCCAGUUUAUUCUUGUAACAUGCCACAACUCUUGUUUGUCCUCUGUUUGAAAAUUAUAUACUAAUAAAUUACAGGUUCACACAG